AACCCUGGUGACAAGACGGCAGAAAAAUGGUUGAAAAGAAGAAACCCGAUGAUCUGCCGCCCAGAAAGCUCCACAGGUUACUAACCAAUCUUCAGAACUCCGUCGCAUGACUCUUCUGGCAAAUUUCGACGACUUUCCACGUGUUUAACCUCUCUUAUUCUUAUGUUUUUGAAGAAAAUGGAUGAGGGACUUCGGAGCCAUGUCCUCCCGGAAAGUUAUUGAUCUAAAAUGUCCUCGCUUUUUGGUCGCCGUCGCCAACAUGUGACCUUCGAAGGCACUAAGAAGGACUCCUCCUCGGAGACCAUGAGAAUGGACGUCGUGGUAGGUGAAGACAGGGUGCCAAAGCAAGCCAGACCCAGAAGUAACAGAGUGUAUUACACGACGAAGCCAUCGAACGAAACUUACAGCACCGACGAUGUCAUUGUCGACGUGAGACCGAGGAAUGACCAGUUGGCAGUGUCGGGAUCCAGUAACAGGAAGCACAGGAACCCGUUGGAAAGGAACAAGCUGCAUCUGCAAUUGUGCGACUUGGCUUUGAACUUGGAGAAAAUGUGCAGUGGGGCGAAUAGUGUAAGGGCUUCUGGAAGUGGUCUCAAUUCAGGAGAUGCUUCUUUGCAAAGUUUGAGGGAUGACCGUCCUGCGAGACGAUUGGAAAUUGAUAGAGCUGCAAGGUCUCAUGACGUUGUCUUAAAACAGCCGAAGCAAGCGUCUUCCAGGCCACAAUUACAGAAAAAACCCGCUGUUACGCAGGAAGAAAUACCGCUGCAAUUUUGCGCCACCCUCAACGCUCGAUACAACAAAGACACGAACAAAAGACGCAAGUUUGCGAUUAUGGAGCCCGAAAAACUCUUCGUUCACGACCCUGCGACAAAUUCCUCAGAAAAGCGCGUGGUGACGUCAAUCAUGAAAAAGGACCGAGUUUUCGCAGCAAUGUGCGAUGAGAACGACAAGGAUGUUAGUGAUGAGACAAAGACGAAUGGAUCCGAGUCUUCGAAUCCAACCACGAUGCCCGACUUGCCAUCUGUCUGCGAUGACACCAGAUCUCCCGGCUUGAGAAGGCGGGAAACGAGGAAUGCUGCCCGAGACAGAAGCAGGCGAUCGUCAGCUGUUGAAGGAGUACCAAAAAUAAAUCCGAUCCCGGAAAUUAAGUCGAAAUGGUUGCCGAUCAUGUCUAUAGUAGCACUGGUUGCCCUAGGGACAGUUUGGCGUUUACCGCAAAUCUUUCAAACCCUGGCUGACCCGACUGGCAUGAUGGCCACUGGUCGUUUGGUUCACGAUUUGAGCCUUGAAUUCCCUACCCAGGAACCAUCCAUGUGGUUGACUCUGAAGCACGGGUUGCACACCAAGGGUGACAAGAACAUCCCACAUUUGCUCUUGGUCACUUCAGUUGCUGAGGGCAUGGAGACCGCAGCUUGUUUGGUGUCUAGGCUUGCGAGAUAUGUGAAGGAACUGCAUGGGGACAGACGCGUGCAUAUCUUGGACCUGGACACCCUGGAUGCUAUUGCUGACACUCAACAUUUGCAUGUUCCACUGUUUUUCCACUUUUCUUUGGAAAGGGAUCAUUCGGUGGUCCUUUUGAAUGCUCAGAACCUGAAAGCUGCCGGGGCGACACAACUCAACCCAUUUUUAAGCCAGGGUGCCACUUAUAAGUACCCUGCCAUGGCCUUUUUUGUGGCUAAAUUGGACAGUAAUUUAUCCGAAAGCAGGUUGGGAAUGGAUGAAACCGUUGCGAAGGCGUUGUUAGGAAAAGCCUGGGUUGCCAAUGGCUGGGAAGAGGCCAGUGUUCGAGACAUGCUGAGCAGGACAAGAAGCACGACUGUGUUCGUCGUACCUGAACACAAAACGCCGUGUUCCUCGGGAACAGUGAGCUUCAAUUGAUAGCGGUUUUAUGUUACUGUUUGUUGGUUGCCCCCGUGAUGUGUCCUCCCGUUUUUGGCAUACUCAAUACUGGAAUGCGUUUUAUAUUUUGUUCCCCUCAUGCUUGGUCAUCAAGUGUUGCCGAUUGCAUGUUUUCAAUUUGUCUUCAUUUUUGAGAAAUCAAGACUCUCCUCGUUGUUUUGUUCUUUAAUUGAUGCGAACGAUUGUGUGCUCUUUUCAGUUCCGUUUCGAAUGCCGCAGCUCGUUGAAAUCUGGAAAAUUCCUUAGAAAUUUCUUUUUGUUGUGUCACGACGUAGAUCUUUUAAGCAUGUGGCCUGUUCCUGUAACUUUUGAUAUCCCGUCUGUAUAUAUAAAUUUAUGUUUUUCCAAAAUGCGCCAGUCAUAAUUCCGAACUAAGCCUGAAAAUCUCAUUGUCUGAAGAUUACUGUAUUUUUAUUGAAAAUAAAUUCUUUUUCGAUUUUUCGUGUA